UGAGGCUCUAAAAUGGCAACUGGGUAAGCAUGGCGCCCACACUGACCGUUUCAGAGUUCUGUGACUUCAGUCUGGAAGGCAUGUUAAAGACACAGAAAACGGCUUCAGAAAAGGAGGUAAAAAGAAUCCCAAGCAAACCCAGGCCCCAGUACCAAAGAUGCUGACAUUUUACUGAAAAAUAUGGAGGAUAAAAUAGAAAACUAGAGAAAAGGCCCCUGCCCUGCGAGCUGCAGUUUCUUGUUGGUGUGCUCUGACAAAAGACUUCAGGUUUCAAGUCCCUGUGGUUGAAUUGGGGUCCUGUUAUUCGAGUGUAUGAUGGGUCAGUUUCCUCAGAAGGUUAGUUCAGUGACUCCUGGAGGAAGCAGAGCACUCCAUUUGGACCUUACUUUUCUACAGGGUGUUUAAAUAUGAUUUAAUACCCGAGAGUCAUCAUUAUCCAGAUUCAUCAAGUAGGCUGUAAAGGAGCUGGCUUAUGAGUUUUCCCCUCGUAAGGCAGCUCUGCAGUUAUCCCUAAAGUUUAACGCCAUUAAAAGAUUUGGUAAGCACCUGCUUCUUAACAGGCUCCAUGCUGGUCUUCAGAUUCCAAGGGAUAAAAACCUAAUCCACAGUCUUUAGGCCGUAGCCUUUGAGUCAUUUUUCCAGGAGUGGGUGAUACGACUUACGAAGCCAGACUGACUGUCAUCACCAGUCUACUUGAAAGCCAGUCGACUAGAGUAAAAAGUCUAGAAAGAGAUGGUCUUCCCUUCUGUUUGAGGCAAGCUAACCCUUGGUGAAAUUGAACCCAUGCUUUUGGCUAACUGGUAUCCUGUCCUAAAAGGAAACCCCUGGUCGCUUACCUGUGGCAGCCCCUGCUGACCAAGAGCACAGGUGCACAAGACAUGGAGAGAGCAGCCCCUCUGCUCGGAAGGAAGCUUAGAGCUGCUCCAUCCAGCUGCCCACUUUGGAACAAAUAAGGUUCUUCCUAAUACUCAAACGGGCGGUGAGACGCAAAGAACCCUCCUGUGGCAUGAGGAGAUGCCAGCGGCUAGUAGGCGCCAAGUCCUGCAACUUUUGUCUGCAGUUCCCAAAUGAAGCAGUAGCAUGAGUCAGACAUCCCCGUUUCCCCUCCUCGUUCUGCUCUCCGCCCGGCAGCCGCCUCGCGCGCGUGGGUGCGGGGCCAGGUGGGGACCUGGACAGCCUGUCUUCUCUUUAGGUGAGGAGAAGGACUAUACCAUAUGGCUGGCUCACUCCGCAGACCCUGGAGAUUAUGGAGAUGGCUGCAUCUUGGGCUACAAGGAACAGUACCUGCGGCUUCGCAAGUCGUCCGUCUGCCAGAAUGGUCGGGAUUAUGUGGUGACCAAGCAGCCGUCCGUCUGUCCCUGCUCCCUGGAGGACUUCCUCUGUGAUUUUGGCUACUUCCGUCCAGAAAAUGACUCCAAAUGUGUGGAACAGCCAGAACUGAAGGGCCACGAUCUGGAAUUUUGUCUGUAUGGCAGAGAGGAGCACCUGACGACAAAUGGGUACCGAAAAAUUCCAGGAGACAGAUGCCAAGGUGGUGUGAAUCCAGUCCGAGAAGUAAAAGACUUGAAAAAGAAAUGCACAAGCAACUUUCUGAGUCCUGAAAAGCAGAACUCCAAGUCAAACUCUGUUCCGAUCAUCCUGGCCACCGUGGGAUUGAUGCUGGUCACAGUCAUAGCAGGGGUGCUCAUUGUGAAGAAGUACGUCUGUGGCGGAAGGUUCCUGGUGCAUCGCUACUCUGUGUUGCAGCAGCACGCAGAGGCCAACGGUGUGGACGGCGUGGACGCCCUGGACACGGCCUCCCACGCUCGUAAGAGUGGCUAUCACGACGACUCAGAUGAGGACCUCCUGGAAUAGCUCCUCAAAGGAGCUGGGACCAAGCACAGAUGAUGGAACCGCAGGACCUCUCACACGGCCGACUUGGGGGAAUAAAUUUCCCGUUGCGAGGGGCCCAGCUCUGUUUCUGCUGCUUCCACCAAAGCCAAAAGGAUCUACGCUGAAGACAUGCAGGGGGGUGGGGACCCUAAACACUCUCACGAUGGGCUCUGAGAAGGGGGGGGGAACUAAAUUCUUUAACUUUUUAUUUCAAGUUCUGUCUUUUUGCAAAGUAUGGGUUCUUUUGGUUUUGUUUUUGUUUAGUAAGGGAAAUGAAAUGGGAUUGGAAGGGAACGUUUCACUAACCCCCCUCUUGCAUGUUUUGCAUGGCGCCUGCCAACCCCAGCAUCAACUCUCACAAAGUACUCGGUGCUGUCCCCGGGCUCUGCUGGUGACGCGAAGCAGCUGCUGAGAGGGACUCGACGGGGACUCGGGGCUGCAAUGACUGGCCUGGCCUGGCGCCCUUUCCCCGGCCAGGGCCGGCCCUGCCCCGAGAACGCUGCACGCCAGCCCCUCACACACACGCCGCCUUGCUUGCUUGCUUUUUUGGGGACCAUAGACCACAGUGGUGUCUCUUCCCCCCCACCCCCGUUUAAUUAGGCAAUACCCUUGUUAAUUGCCCUUUGGCAAUUGACUUAACCAUGUGCUUCCAAGACACUAAAUCAGGAAAACUUAAAGGACACUAUUUUUAACUUGGGGCAGGAAGAAGGGAGCAGCAGGGACUUGACUAGAUUUAGCACCUAUUAAAGGACAAAUUCGUGCUUCUUCCAAGAUCUUUCCAGCCAUGCUUUGUGUUUGUGCCAGUGGACUUGCUCAAGGACAGGGUUAGGGCUUGCCCUGGAUGUCUGCCCAGGCCGAGUGGUGUCUCUGCUGGAGCCGAGGGAGGGUGCCCGGGGUGGCCCCUGAGGACCGAACAUCACAGUCUUCCAUGUCCUCUGCCACCUGUGGGCACGGUGGUGAAUCCUUAGGACGGCCGCUUACGUGCUUGCUUCCUCUUGGACUGCUGUUGUAUGCAGAGCCAGGACUAGACAUGUUUUCAGAUUUAUAGGCUGUUUUUUAAAAAUCAGGAUUUUAUUACCAGGCUCUCCUCCUCACCCAUUUUUCCCAGCUUGGCCAAGUAAUUUGUUGGCAGGAAACUUCUGGCGGAACCAACUGAAAACACACGUCCAGUGUAGGUGAUGUUUUAUGUGAUGCAUUAAGUUCAUACUUUAAGGAAGUUUUCCAUUGGACAUUCUUUCAAAUCAAGUUAACAAUAGAAUGUGGUGAGGUUGAUUUUUGGGUGGCCACACAGUAAUGGAAAGCUGCAAUAAUUCAUUUUAAUACAGCUUGAAUAUUUGCUAUCCAGGAAUGUAGUAUAGUACAUUUUUUGGUCUUAGCGUCCCUAUUGUGCUGGCCACAGAUUCUCCCAGUAGUUAUGAUUGGGACAUUCUUUGGUAACUGCCAUUUUGCUGCUAGUUCAUUUUAUGGCUAUAAAGUCACAAAAAAGUAAACGUGCCAAAUCAACUUUUGUCAGAAUGCGUGAGCAGAUGGCUGCAUUCUCUCCUCCCCAGAAUGGAUUAGCAACAGCAGGGAAAGUGGGAGAGGGGGUGGAUGGAGAAGGUUAGAGACUUCGAAGCUUGCAGCUGAACUAAAUGAGUCAGGGAGCUUCAGUUGGGAAAUAAAGCUAGGACAGUUUUUGUGAGGAGAAUUCGUAUUUGUUCGAGCCAGAGAGCACUGGUCUUUUAGGAAAAGCUCAUUCAUUUUGCAGUUUUUAAAUUUAAAAAAAUUCCAAAGAUAGACCAGCUCACAAAUGAUAAAGCGUCAGUCUUUCUCCCGGACACCCUCACCUCCUGCCCAAAGUGAUUUUGAUGCCCAGCCAAGACCCACUUCUGCUGCACACCUUCUCCCGGGGUAGAUGUGCCCGUAUGUGGUCAUUCUCUGAUUUGUUUUAGGAUGUAGGAAAGUUAAUCUUCUCUAAUGAGGUGAGAGCGCUGUGCUUCUAAGGGUAUCUGGGAUUUCUGUAGAACUUGGCAGUUUUCCGAGCACUUUCUCUUGGCAUUAUGUCCCUGGAAACUUACAACAUUCUCGGUGAGACUUUCUCUUUGAAGGCAGGGGUUUGUCCCCAUUUUUCAGGAGACGGAGCUGAGGUACAAAAAGUGAGUAAAUUGUCCAGGUCCCUGUGUGCAUCGUGGGCAAUGCUGGUUGGCUGUCUUCAGAGCUUUUCAACGUUUUUAUGCGUGCAGGUGCUGCGGGCCUGGAGCAGGCGGGGCUCCUUGCGUACGGAGUCCUCGCUGUCCUUUAGGAUAGGGGUCGGUCGCUGGCAUCUCUGUGGGAGUAGGGAGCGCCUCUUUGCCACCGUGGUAAACAGAAAAUUUUAUUCUUUUUUUCAUGGCUGAAAAAGAAAAAUUAAUGGGAAUUUUGAAUAUGUGUUUAGAAACUGCCCCUCACCUAGUUGCGGGAGUGAGCUCUCCCUUGAUGAGCCACCCUUCUCCCUUCUUGUUUUCUCGUCCUCGUCUGGCUGGCUGGCUGGCUCGGCUGUUUGGAGGACUGCUAACAAGCCUGGCUCCCCCCCUUCAUUGGCUGGUUAGCUUCCUGUCUCCACCUGCUCACUCACAAAUGUAUGUCCUCAGCCAGAGAGUAUAACCGCCUCAAUCCAUGACAGCUUCGAAGAGAAAACAAUCUUUAAUUUGUUCUACUGACGUUAGGUUAGGAGCACUAUCUUUGAAAGUAAAGUGUAGCUUAUCAUUGUAUAAAAUCUCAGGCUUGAUGGUAGGAGAAAAGAUGAUUUCUGGAGGUCUUAGCGAUAGGAUUGAGCACUGUAAGAUAGGUUGGACAUAGCAGUCUCCAGUGGUCUGAGCUUUUAGAUCCAGGUGGAGAACUCACCAUCCCUCACCUGUGACGGGCGUCUUGGACCUAAAGGGGCUUUCGGUUUUUAACGACUCUAGAGGCCAGGGUACGUGCACCUGGGCUGGUAUUUGAAUGGGGCACCACUUAGGAGAAGAAAAAUGUCUGGAGGGUUCUGGCUGUUCUAAGCUGGGCUCAGGAGAUUCAAUAGAUCAGCUAUAACUGAAAUUUAGAAUUUGGCAUCUGCCUCUGAGUAGGCUUUCUGGUGUAUACCUCUCUAAUUCCUAGGUUUGCCUCUGGGCCUCUCCAUGUCCAAGCUGGCCUUUCGUCCCUGACACCUUGGUACCAGGCUGGCCACCUCCAGCCCGUGCGCUGGCUCUCUAAGCCACAGCUGGUUCUCCCAUGGCCUUGGUCACAGGGCCCGGAUACAGAGAAGAGUGCAGGGUGGCAGGGCUGGCCGAAGUUUCGGUCAGUUCUCUAUGUUCUAGGCUAAUCCUCCAAGUAGAAAGGUCCUCUUAUCCUCCGGGAGAGCCCUAAAGAACCCUGCCUCUAUACGCAGUGGUUUGGAGCUCUUCCUGCUCAUUGUUGGUACAUCCUCCUCGCCCCAUAGGAAGCCUGGAUACUUGGAACUGCUAAAAUCGGAGAUUCAGCUUUUCAACUUUGCUACUUAUCUGGCCUCAAGCAGGGAGGUAAACAUGGACUUAAAUGUCCUUUGAACAAAACCAAAGUGUAAGAUGUGCCGCAUGACGGAGUGCUAGGGAGGGCCAGACCUUCAGCGUUGGCCUUCAGCAGGUGCCAGACGUUCUGUUUCAUCUGCCACCCAUGUGCCCAGCAGCUCUGGGAGCACCGUCCUGCCUGAGCAGAGCUGGGCCUUGCCCUCAUGGAGGCCAGUUGACAUAGCAGGAGCAUGUUGAUUGCUUGGUUAUGUUGCAUUAUAACAAUAAGAGUCAGAACAUUAAUUUGAAACUGUCUUCAACAACUUGCUGUAUGCAUUUUUUCACACCAGUACAUUCUUAAGCAUCCUUGUUUAUAUAGAAUAACAAACUAAUCUGUACCUUUAUAUAUAUAUGUACAUAUAUACAUGUAUAAUCUGUAUAGUGUACAAGUUAAUGAUUUAUUGAUAUGUCCCAAAUCUUUCAUGCAGUCCUCAUCCUCCGCAUGCCCUCAGUUUGUGGUCGGGUGACCUGAAUGUUCCCCGAUGAUCCUGCCCACCUCCCGUGUUUGGACGUCUAGGGAAGGAGGGUUUUGGUCGUACCCUCCUUAUCCUCAUGCACAGAAAUGCUCAGGGUCCCCAUGUGCCUGUUGUUCAGCCCUCUCUCGUCUCUCGUUCCCUUUCUGAGCAUGUGGUCCCUCCCUGCCCUGUAACUUCUCUGCCCCUCUCCCAGCUGUGGGACAGCUGCCUUCCUACUGAAGUGUAAAGCAGUACUAACAUCAUUACUGCAUGUACGCUAAGAACCCAAGUCUUCUGUUCCCUUGGGACAGAAAAUUGCAUGUGGGGUGGGAUAAUCAAGUUUCAGUGACCCAUGUCAGUUACACAACAAAGCCAGACCCCAUAGCAAAAUUCCACAAAAUGGAAAUCAAACUUAAAUUUCUUUAUUAGCGUUGUGUAAAUAAAUCUGGAUGUGUUUAACUUUGUACUGGUAAUUUUCUGUAUAUUUGCAAUAUUUGGGUUAGAAAUAAAACAGACUGGACUUUGUUACCUCACCUA